AAGUUACAAUGGCGCCUGCCUACUCGCCUCUCAUUCACGGCCAGUCGAGUUCGUGACGCGAGCUACUCUACUCGUGCGCUUGUGAUAAUACGUACUUGUGAAUAAAAUACGUUAUCAGUAUUAUUUUUGUUUUGGCCAAAAACUAUGCACCACAACAAAUGAAAGUACCAGGAUGACAGAAAAGACAGGAGUACGUUUCGAGGAGGCGGAGAAAAAGAAGGGAGUCAUACUGACGUCCAUAGCCGUAUCGUUUGCAACACUAGGAUGGUUUUCCCGGGGUUCUCCCACAAUUUUGGGAGCUGUUGCCCUAUUGGGCACUUAUUUCAUGACGGGAGAUAGAUACCAGUGGAUUUAUAUAUGGAAGAAGACACAUUACAGGGAUUUUCUAGGUCUGCGGGUCCUCCUAUACACAAUAUUCAGGAUAUGGCUGUGGGAGCGUCAGGGCAAGACCGUGGUUGCGAGAUGGGCAGAAGUAGCGCAGAUGAAACCUGACAAGAAGGCAUUUGUUAUGGAUAAUAGGGCGCUGACGUUUCGAGAGGGUGACGAAUUCAGCAACCGCAUAUCCUGGUACUUCAAACGUCAAGGCUACAAGCCUGGUGAAGUGAUAGCUUUGUUCAUGGAAACCCAGCCCGAAUACGUCUUCCUAUGGCUUGGCCUAGCCAAGAUAAGAGUCACCACUGCCCUGAUAAACACUAAUUUAAAAGGGGGCCAGUUGAUUCAUUGUCUCAGGAUAGCAGGAUGCAAAGCGGUUAUAUUUGGGGAUGAAAUGAGUGAUGCCAUAAAAGAUAUCCAAAAGGAGAUCCCAGACAUACCUCUCUUCCAAUACAACUCCCCGGACAGGGAGAAAGCUGCAAUUCUCCAGGACACCUCGCCUCUAGCUGCAGAACUUCGGGAGAUGUCUCCCGAACCGGUCCUGGAUUGUGAACAGGCGAAACCAAGGGACACGCUGUUGUAUAUCUAUACGAGUGGGACUACCGGGUUUCCUAAGGCUGCUAUAAUUACUAAUAUAAGAUACCUACUAAUCCCACUAGGAGUGCAGCGCGCCGCACAGCUCACAUCAUCAGACGUAGUAUACGACCCGCUGCCACUACACCACACAGCGGGCGGAGUACUAGGAGCCGGGCUGGCUAUCGUGUCAGGGUGUACUGUCGUGCUGAGGAAGAAGUUCUCCGCUUCGAACUAUUGGAGCGAUGCGGCGAAACAUGGAUGUACUGCAGCCCAAUACAUAGGCGAGAUCUGCCGCUACCUCCUGGCGGUCCCCCCUGGUCCUAACGACCGCGCUCACAAAGUGAACGUGAUCUUCGGCAAUGGACUAAGGCCGCAGAUCUGGCCGGAGUUCGUCGAGAGGUUCGGCAUCAAACGGGUCAUGGAGUUCUAUGGAGCUACGGAGGGGAAUAGUAAUCUCGUAAACUUGGAUUCGAAAGUAGGUGCCAUCGGAUUCUUGAGCAGGAUAUUCUCCACCAUCUAUCCUCUUACUUUGGUAAAGUGUGACGAGAUCACUGGUGAGAUUCUAAGAGACGCUAAUGGCAGAUGCAUCACUUGCGGCCCUCAUGAACCAGGUCUUCUCCUCGGUAAAAUAGACGCAAAGAAAGCCAUCCUAACAUUUGCUGGCUACGCCGAUAAGACUGCUUCAGAGAAGAAGAUGGUUCGCAAUGUGAGGGCCGAAGGUGACUGCUACUUCAAUACUGGAGAUGUUCUGGUCAUGGAUCAUUAUGGAUACUUCUACUUUAAGGAUCGCACGGGAGAUACGUUCAGGUGGCGUGGUGAAAACGUAUCGACUGCAGAAGUGGAAGGUAUAAUCAGCACUUUGAUCGGACUGAAGGAUGCCGUCGUUUAUGGAGUCAAGAUCCCAAAUAUCGAAGGCAAAGCAGGAAUGGCGGCGAUUGCCGACCCAAACAAGACUCUUGACCUCACCUCACUCGCCAAGGGCCUCCGUGCUUCCCUCCCAAUCUUCGCCCGUCCUCUCUUCCUAAGAAUACUUCCAGAAUCUCCCCUCACCGCCACAUUCAAACUCAAGAAGAAGGAACUUAUGGAACAAGGCUUUGACGUCGAAAUCAUAAGUGACCCCAUGUACUUUUUGGACCAAAAGACCCAAGAAUUUGUACCUCUAACUCAGAAAUUGCAUGACGAAAUCAUUCAGGGUUCCGUCAGGCUGUGAUUAUCUUUGCCAAACGAAUUUAGAAUUAGGAAUUUAGUGGUAAAUGUAUCAAACUCAUUCUUUUAUAGUUAUCUAAGUGGGUAUUUUGAAUUUAAUGUGUGUGAUGUAUACAUUUUUGAAAUUAUCAAGAUUGAGAAAUAUCUUAACAUGGAAAAUCGACACAAAAUAUGAUUUCUAGAAAUUAAUUUAAUUUAUUGGCUAUGGCUGUGCGAGGGUGUGAAUUGGAUAGAUAGGUACUAGGAACUCAUAAAAUGAAAGAGAUGCUUUGACACAGGUAGAACAAGCACGAAUUUACGCACAAAAAGUAAAAUAUGUACAUUGAAGAGUAGUUAGAUUAUAAUUGAUAAAGUAUUUUUGGUACCUCGUCUACCAUUUAGGCGAAAGUGAACAUAUCAAGUUAUUUAAGAGAUUGCAUUGAAAUUGUAACUUUAAGUAAAUAUAGUUUAGGUAAGUUUUGCAACUGUGAAUCUGUAAGAAGGAACAAUUUAUAUGCAUUUAUGUGAUGUAAUUAUUGGAAAUAAAGUGUUUAUUAUAGCAA